AGGGGUUUAAAGGGUGGGCUUGUAGUCAUUGUCAGGCUGCGAGUAAGAGAGAGAGAGAGAGUGGAAGAGAAAGAGAGAGAGAGAAGGUGUGCCCAGGCAGACCGACUGAAGAGCGAGUGUGUGCAAACUGGGAUGAGUAAAUGCACCCGGCGACUUAGCUGUUGAUACAGCCAGUGAGAAAGAGAGAGAGAGAGAGAGAGAGAGAGAGAGAGUGUGUGUGCAAGAAAGCGAGAGAGAGAGAGAGUGCGCGAGAGGGUGAGAGAGAAGAGAAGAAGUGAAAGGGAGAAAAAAGGGAAGAAAGAAGCAGAGAAGAGAAAGGGAGGAUACAACAACUACAACUAUGCUGUGCUGCAUAAGAAGAACCAAACCGGUGGAGAAGAAUGAGGAUGCAGACCAGAAGAUUGAACAGGAUGGGACCACCAACAAACCCGAGGACAAGGCCCACAAGGCUGCCACCAAAAUACAGGCCAGCUUCCGCGGACACAUAACCCGGAAAAAGAUGAAAGACGGAGAGGAAGAGAAGGAGGGCGACAGUCCUGCUGCUGCAGAGGAGGCGACGGAGGGAGGAGAGGAGGAAAAGAAAGCUGAGGGAGAGGAGGCACCUGCAAAGGAAGACGAGGCUGCAGGAGAGGAAGCCAAGAAGGAGGAGGAGACGAGCCAAGCCAAAAGCCCAGUGGCAGACAAGCCAGCUAACUCUCCGGCAGCUGCUGCUGCGACGUCUCCUGUAGCGGCGGCGCCUGCUGCAACCUCUCCCGCCACCACGGCACCCUCUGAGCCCCAGAAAGAGGAGCCAAAGGCGGAGGAGAAAGCUGAGGAGAAGCCCAAAGAGGUGGAGGCCCCAGUGGCGGCGGCCAAGAGUCCCACCACAGCCACAGCUGAGGAGAAGAAAGAGGAGGGGGAGAGUGAAGAGAAGAAGGAAGAGGCCAGACAAGCCGAUGUGCCUGCUGCUGUCAGCCCGACAGCUGAGAAGGAGGAGCCUAACCAAACAAAAGAUAAACAAGAUGCUGUAGAAGAGUCUAAAGCAGAGGAGGCCACCCCUGAAGAUGCAGCAGCAGAGGCCACUGAGUCCAAGGAUGACUAAGGCAAAGUCUCAUCUAAAGAAAGCAGAAAUUAAGAGUAUGAAGAAUAACACAAAAACAAAAAUCUAAAAUGGUUGCUCUUUGCCUUCUCGAUGUGAAGGCAGUCCGUUUCUAUUUGUUUGUCAUUUUUUGUGUGGCAAUGAUUUUCUCAUGUUGGGGGAGUUUCCAGCGUGAAGUUUUUUGGCUCAAGCUAAUAUAUGAGGAAGUGAUGGUGAUGAUGAUGAUGAUGAUGAUGAUGAUGAUGAUGAUGAUGAUGAUGAUGAUGAUGUUGUUGUUGAUUAUGGAAAAUGAUUGUUAUCUUGAUAAUGAUGAUGUGGAGGAGGAAUUGAUUUGUUACAUCUUCACUAUCUAUUGUAAGUGGAUCAGUGUUGGAGUGAACGCUACCAACUGGAUUUUUACACAUUUAAAAUGCAUUGUGAAUGCACCCUCUUUUAUUUGCAUUGCAAUGCAGCUUCUUUAAACCCAUUUUGCAAAUUAAAUCUGUUAUUCUGCAAUUGCACGCACAAAAAACAAGCUGGUUUUUAAAUGCAACCCUAGUUUUCAACACGUACAAGUGUAUUGAAAACACAGCAAAUAGUUAAUGUACUGACACAUUGUAUGGAGAAUAGAAUGUAUCGUUAGAUGUGUUACAUUUCCAGUUGGGCAGCUUUAUCUUGAAUUCAAUUAUCACAUAUAGGACAAGACUAUUACUCUCUCUCUCUUCUGCUUGAGUCAUUCAAGCUUGGUUUACACCCCUUUUACAAACUGUCUCUACUCACAUAUACAGUAAUGGACCUGUUGACAUUUAAAUGAUAUGAUCAUAUAAUAAACUAUAGAAAUAUUCUAUAGUGGUGAUAUAACUGGCUCCUACAUGACGCUCUGCCAGCCCAACGUGAGAACAGUAGCAUGAACCAUCGAACCAGAUGCAUGAUGGGAACUCUCCCUCUGAGAGGAACUUUUUCGCAGUCACAAAAACGUAAGAGGUGUGGCGGCUUCUUUUUGAUGUCUUUGGUGUUGUUAUGACAGUUUAUAUGAAUUGGAAAAAAUACUCUUGCACUGAUGUUACAAAAAAUCGUAAAAAGGUAAAAACAAACAAAUGAGCAAACAAAAAAUACUUUUCCCAUGUUCCAGUGAGUGCAAUGUCCAGUUUCAACCUUAUCAAGGAGUUCAAACUUGUGAGAAAAAAUAUGAAAAAAUAAAAAUGGUUUCAAUGUCUGUUUUCAAAAUAAAGCAAAUGUGCCAAUUACCAUCAUAA